AUGAGGGGGAUGCUGGGCCAGAGGGAGUUGAGGGUUCCUGGGAUGGAUUUGGGGUUUCCUCAGGACUUUAGGCACCCCAUGGUUCCCAUUCCCAAUCCCUCUCCCAAUUCUCGGUCCUCAUUCCCGGUUUCCAUUCCCGGUCCCCUUUCCCAUUCCCUGUCCCCAUCCCCGCUCCGUGUCUGCAUUCCCUGUCCCCAUUUCCCAUUCCCUGUCCCCAUUCCCGCUCCGUGUCUGCAUUCCCUGUCCCCAUUUCCCAUUCCCUGUCCCCAGUUCCCAUUCCUUGUCCCCAUUCCUGUCCCCAUUCCCGCUCCGUGUCUGCAUUCCCUGUCCCCAUUUCCCAUUCCCUGUCCCCAUUCCCGCUCCGUGUCUGCAUUCCCUGUCCCCAUUUCCCAUUCCCUGUCCCCAUCCCCGCUCCGUGUCUGCAUUCCCUGUCCCCAUUCCCGCUCCGUGUCUGCAUUCCCUGUCCCCAUUUCCCAUUCCUUGUCCCCAUUUCCCAUUCCCUGUCCCCUUUCCCAUUCCUGUCCCCAUUCCCGCUCCGUGUCUGCAUUGCCUGUCCCCAUUCCCAUUCCUUGUCCCCAUUCCCAUUCUCGCUCCCCUCUCACUGAACGCUCCGCCCCCCCCCAACCCGGCCACGACGUCACCGAGCAAACCCCGCGCUCCUCCCGCCCACCAAUCGCAGCGCGCGAUCGCUCCCGGAUUUGCAUAACCACGUCCAUUCAGGCCGGCCCCGCCCGGCGCUCUUCGCUCCCAGUUCCCUCCCAGCGCUCCCAGUUCGCUCCCAGCGCUCCCAGUUCCCUCCCAGCGCUCCCAGUAUCGCUCCCAGUAUCGCUCCCAGCGCUCCCACUUCCCUCCCAGCGCUCACCGUUCAUUCCCAGCGCUCCCAGUUCCCUCCCAACGCUCCCAGUAUCGCUCCCAGCGCUCCCAGUUCCCUCCCAGCGCUCACCGUUCAUUCCCAGCGCUCCCAGUUCCCUCCCAACGCUCCCAGUACCGCUCCCAGCGCUCCCAGUUCCCUCCCAGCCCUCCCAGUAUCGCCCCCAGCGCUCCCAGUUCCCUCCCAGCGCUCCCAGUUCCCUCCCAGCGCUCCCAGUAUCGCCCCCAGAGCUCCCAGUAUCGCUCCCAGGGCAGAGAGGAGGGAGAGAAGGAGGAGCGAGAGGAAGAGGAGGGACAGAGGAGGAAGGAAAGGAGGAGCAAGGGCGAGAGAAGGAGGAG